AGAUUUAGCUCAACAGGGCUAACUGUUUAGCCUGCAAAUCGACGAACUCGUUAACUCUAAAUUUAUGCCGAGUGUCAUGUUUUCUUCGGAUAUUAAUCAUCUUGGAUAGUUUAAUUUCUGUUUGAGUCAGUUGAACGCUACAUAGUGCCGAGUUCAAGCCAUCAGCCCUGAUUUCUACUGUGCGUGUAUAUUACGUGUUAUACGGUAGUAAAUUAAGCAGCGUAGAUGGCGACGCAUCGCUGUCAUAUAUUACCGUAAGCCGUAUAAUCGUACACGGAAAUUUGGUCUGUCAAGAAAUUCGUGUCACUUAUAAAGCUAAGUAGUUAAGAGCUACGUUCGGGAGUACACUGUAAAUGAUCUAAACUUGUUUUGUCAAAACUAAAUUAUAUCCUUGUGUAGUAAAUUCAAAAUCUUUAACUAGCUAGCUAAUUAUGCUAUUUUCCAGCUGACCACCUUCGUCAGAAUGAGUGACUAGUUAACUAGCAACCUUCUGUAUGCUUACAGUUUUCUUCUGUGAAAAAAAGGCUUUGAGUAAAAGUAUAAAUAAAUAUUAAAAAUCUCUUUCCACAGGUGUGAUUAUUUCUGAGAGGGAAUGGAUUGGUUUCACUGUAACAGCUGUUUUCUGAGGCGAGGGAAUAACUUUGUAGUGUCCAGCUGUGGACAUGUACUUUGUCAGAGCUGCAUCAAACCAAAUCAAUGCUGUGUGUGUCAAUCCAGCUGCAGCUACCUGACUAUAUCUGACCAGAUGAAACCUCAGGAGCGGAUGUUCUUCAAAGACCCAAUAAACAUCAUUCAUACCCGACUGGAGCACAUUGCAAAGAUUGCAACGUUCCAGAGGAAACAGAAAGAGAGAGUCAUAGCCUUCCACAAACACAAAUUUGUGGAAAUGGAAAGAAGACUAAAGGAUAUCAGUGAACAGUGCCACAGGCAGGUGUCAGAGCUCAGGAAGGAGAAUGCUGAACUUAAGAAGCCUCUUUCCCAGAGAAGGGUAUCCCCUGUGACGUUAAAGGCUAAUGGAAGCAUUCCAAGGAUGACAUUACCAGUGGCUGUCACAUCCCCAGUCACUCCCCGCUGUAGGACUGUAAGUCACUCAGGUUCUGGUGAUGCCAUGGAGAGGUUUCGACACUUCAGAUCCAGACUUGCAUCUCCACUGGAUUCAUCUACCCCGGUAUCCUCGCUAAGUUCACUGAACGAACAAGGAUUUAGAACGCCCACCUCUGUUACUACACCAGUGAGGUCAGACCAUGUAACUCCAAACAUUUUCCAGUUCCAGUUUUUGCCUAGGGCAACAUAUCACUCCCCUCAGCCAUGGAAUGUAUAGUGGUCAGGUAUCUAAACGAGAUAUGACGUAUCACCGACAAGACACCUAUAGGUCAAUCACCAUAGCGCCAUUGACGUUAGAUUAGUGAUUUUCAUGUUCUGUUAUUUUCUCUCAAGUAAACUUGAGGUUUGUACAAGAUCUGAAGCAAAUAGACAUGUGUGUUGUUUCAUGUAUACAUACCUUUACAUACUAUUAAAAGAAAUGUUUGGAAAUUCUUAUUCUGCGUUUUUGAAGGCCAACAGAAAUCAUGGUUAGGUUUCUCAGAGUAAUCAUGACACAGAUCCUUAUGAAACAGAUUUCAGGAACAUGUGAAGCCUAAGUAGCUUCCAUCUGUUCACUUUCCCAUAGAGGCCAGAGCUGAUGAUAUGGUUGAAGUCUGCACAGGUUUUCUCAGUUUUCACCAGUCAGCUCUGGAACACCUUCAGUGGUUGUAGCUCAGAUAUGUCAUCCAGUGAGAGACGUUUGCAGCAGUAAUAAUAUUGCUCUCAUCAGCAAUACCUCACGUUAGGUAUAAUCCUUAAUAACAUUAAUAAAAUGAAAAACAACAUUAAUAAGGGUCAUAUCAUAGGGUGUGCACAUGAUAUAUCUUGCUUUUAAUUCAUUAAUUUAAGUUGACAAAUCAAUAAUAUUCUCAUUGAUGAAAUACAUAUUCUUGUAAAGAAAAAUAUUGGAGGAUAGGAAGGAUAA